AUGAGUAAAUCGAAAAGUAUUUUUGGUUCGAAUGACAUUGCAAAUGAAGUAGAGAAUGCAACAAGCGAAAAAAAUGUCGAAGAGGAUUGGGGCGUGAUUAUUAGUAUUUGUGAUAAAGCUGGAAAGACUUCGGAAGACGCAAAAAUCUAUUUGAGGUGCAUUUUAAAGCGAUUGGGGAACACUGACCCCCAUAUAGGUGUUAAAGCUGUCACACUUUUAGAUGCCUGUAUAAAAAACUCAGGUAAGACUUUCCACAUAGAGGUGGCAUCAAGAGAAUUUGAGCAAGAAUUCGUUAGGAUAGUAUCAAAAGGAAACACUCCAGUUGCUAGAAAGCUAAAAGAGUCGUUGAAAAAAUGGGCAGAAAAUGAAUUUAAGUCUGAUCCACAACUGAGCCUUAUACCUUCUCUAUACAGUAAAUUAAGAAGUUCAGGGCACGAUUUUUCAUCCAGUGAGCCACCCAAACGUCAAACGGCAAUGAGUAAAGACCCGAACGUGGUGGAAUCUCAGGAGGAAGAGGAGCAAAUCCUCAAAGCGAUAGAGUUGUCGCUGAAAGAGACGUCGGGCUCGCCGCGCGCCAACUCGGCCUCGUCCAGUCUGUAUCCGUCGGUAAACGUGGCAGCAGCGCCCGCCGCCAGCGCCACCUCUGCGCCCGCCGCCAAGGAACUCAGGAAAGUGAGGGCGUUGUACGAUUUCGAGGCGGCAGAGGACAACGAACUCACCUUUAGCAUCGGAGAGAUCAUCUGUGUCAUCGACGAUGCGGACGCAAACUGGUGGAAGGGUAGCAAUCAAAGGGGCGAAGGCCUAUUUCCGGCAAACUUCGUGACGGCAGACUUGAGCGUGGAACCUGAACAAUUUUUGAUAGAUAAGGCGAAAAAGAACGUUCAGUUUAAAGAUGAGGCCAGAGCGGACGUCAAGGAACCCGAGGUGACGGAAAUCAACGAAGAAAAAAUCGACAGGUUGUUGCAUUUGUUGCACGAAGCCGAUCCCACCAAUCCCGAGCACGAUACUGAAGAAAUGUUGAAACUGGAAGGAGAAGUAAAUGGCAUGGGUCCCCUGAUAGACACGGAAUUGGAACGAGUCGACAGAAAACAUGCGCAGCUAACGCAGCUUAGCGCCGAUUUAGUCGAAGCUUUAAAUUUGUACCACACUUUGAUGAGGGAGCCACAGUUCACGCCUGUCAACAAGUCAAUGCCCUACGGUUACCAACCUCCACAUUCAAUGCCAUACAGCGGUUUUCCUCCGAACAUGCACCCGCCGCCGCCGAUGGGCGUGCCGCACGGGGGGCCGCCUUCGAUGGGCCACCCCCAAAACAUGCCGCCCCCGCAUCAGCAGCAGCCCCACGAACCUGGAAGGGGCGUGCCGUUCAUGCCGCCCCAGGGGCAGAUGGCGCCACCGCCGCCGCAUUUCCAUCCCGGCAUGAUGCCGCCUCCGGGCGGGAUGCCGCCCAUGCAGAUGCCGCCUCAGGGGCAGGACGACAGGCGGUUUCACACUUUACCCAGUUAUGGGAGCCACCCCAACGUGGGGCCGCCCCCGACUUUUCCCCAGUCCGCCUCUCAAAACUCGAUGACUUCGGGAGGGCCGCAGCAAACGAUGCCCUACGUUAGUUCUAGCACUCACAUAAUGCAUUAA